AUGCGAGACGUACACACAGAUGUUCGAUGUGACUCCUGCCGCGGCCCGGUGCGGGGAAGUCGCUACAAAUGCCUCCAAUGCAGGGACUUCAACCUCUGCUCUACGUGCGAGGCCAGCGGGACCAAGCACUCGCAGCAUUCUUUCAUCAGACUCCCUUCUCGCAUGUCGGAUGUACGUCUUACGCCUGACCUCGAUGGCAUAAUUGGUGCAAUACAUCCAGGAGUGACGUGUAGCUCCUGUAGCAACGGAGUGAAAGGAGGAAGGUUCAAGUGCCUUGUAUGUCCCCAAUACGAUCUCUGUAGCAAAUGCGAGCAGUCAAGGGAGCUGCACUUUCACCAUCCCAUGAUUCGCUUCGCCAAGCCGAGUUCCAUCGCUUUUACUCUCGCGAACGUCCUCCCUGAUGGUGUGUUCUGCAGCGAGUGCGGAGGGAAAAUCGUAGAAUAUCGCUACAAGUGCUUAAAGUGCCAGGAUUUCGACCUUUGCAUGACAUGCGAAGCUGCUUCGAAACACCUUCAGCACCGAAUGCUCAGGAUACCUUCAAAACCCGAGAUCGGAGGUACAAAUGAAGACUGGGAGAAAACGAGGAGAAAAUCUGAAAAUUCAUCUGCGAAGAGGACCACACCCAGACAAGGGGAAUCCCCUCGAAUCAUCCUUAAGGAGAGGUCCAUCGAAAUGGAAAACGCCCAUAGAACGAAACCGCUGGAAUCGGAACUGCAUCAGCUGAGAGAGCAGCAGUUGGCGGAGCUGCAUGAAAUGAAGAAUGCCGCAAUUGAGGAAGAGGCGAAGAUGAGGAGCUUGGAACACGACCAGAGGAUGGCAAUAUUAACUGCAAUAUAUGAUCGCAUAGUCAACGCAUCCCUAUAA